AUGGUGCUAAAGUGUUUGCUAUCAGUAUUGAUUUGUUGUUUAAUUUUAAUCGUUGCCAACGGACAAUUACUAGACAACCGGUGCUAUCUCGACGGCGGAGGAUCCGCGGUUAAUUUCUUCGCGAAUGAAGACAUUACCGUCGGCUCGGUGGUUGGUAGCCUGCGCGUACUGGGUGACCCGGGAAAAGACAUUGCGCUGACGCUGCGCGAAAAGGACUCCCCGGUGUACAUAGCGCCGGGGACGAAGGAUUUGAUAGUCGCAAAGCCCCUGGACAAGGAAGGGCUGAUUGGCCCAUCGGCCGUGUUUGUGAAUGUGAUCUGCGAAAGAAAGUUCUCUGACGAUGCGGGCAUUAUCAUACCGGUGAAUAUUCGAGUUACGGAUGUAAACGACAAUGCACCCACCUGGAUUGGGGCUCCCUACAAGUUGAACCUGUCGGAGGUGACCGUAAUCGGCACAAGAAUUCUGCAGGGUAUUCGGGCACAUGAUCUUGAUCAGCCCGGACCGUAUUCGACAGUGGAGUAUCAAACGCUGCCCGGACCGUAUUCCGAGUACGUGGCUUUCGUAACGCCAUUAGAGGGCACGUUGGUGCUGAAGAAGUACAUCGAUUACGAGCUCGUGCAGAAUUUCACAGUGAAGAUACGCGCUCAGGACCAAGGAAAGCCACCAAAGUACUCUGACACAUUCGUAACGAUUCGCGUUCUUGACUCGGACGAUCAGAAUCCAAAGUUCGACAGGGACGUAUAUUAUGGUCAGCUGUCGAUGGAAAAGGGUGACAUAAAAAUCACCCCCGAAUCGAUUCGUGCCGAAGAUCAGGAUCGUGGCAUACAGGCUGAUAUCCGUUACUCGAUCGUAUCCUCCAAUGGAUCCGAGGACGAUGCGAGCUUUGAAAUACAUCCUGUUAGUGGCGGUAUUCGAUUGACACGUGCCUUGACACCCGCGCAGGCUCGUUAUUCGCGAACCAUCGUCGUGAAGGCGACACAAGUCGACAAUCCUGAUCGAUACGCGCUAACUACGGUGGUCCUAGCCCCACCGAAAGGAACUGAUGCAUCCCAAAGUACCCUCAGCGUCCAGCCGGUUGUUGGAGGCGCAGAGUUCGUUCGUGGCACGUUUUACGCUACAGUACGAGAGGACGCCAAACCGGGCGUAAAGAUAUCUCAGUUGGCUGGACCAGCCGUUUCCGGAGGUCGCUCGGAUGCGCAGGUUCGCUACACUAUUGCAGGAUCUCCAGUGGUACAGGAUCAGUUUCGUGUAGGACCAGCGGGCGAGAUAAUUCUAGCGAAGCCACUCAGCUUUCGGAGAACUCCACAGUUUUCGUUCGCGGUCGAGUCGAACGAUGGUCGGGGAAGUAAUGUAACGACGAAUGUCGUCAUCGAUGUCCUGCCGGCCAACGUAUGGGAACCCCGUUUUCGAAAGCCGUUCUAUUCUUUCGUCAUCGAACACCUGCCCCAAAGCCAGCCACUGCCAAUGUUGGUGGGACGAAUCGAAGCAGCCGAUGGAGACCGCACGGACGAGCUGUCGUUCGUACUGAAGGGUAACUAUAGCAACCUGUUCCGUGUUGAUCCCUAUGGCAACCUGUGGCUAGUAUCAAACCGCACCGACCUGCCAGUGGCGAUGCGUCUCCUAGCAACCGUCACCGACUCUGGCACACCUCAGAAAUCGGCAACCGUACCGGUGGUAGUUAAGCUUCGUCCUGAUAGUGCAUCACUCACGUCCAACCUGCUCAUCGUCAAUAUCGUUGUUGCAUGCGCACUCGGACUGCUGGUGAUCGGUGGCUUCAUCCGCUGUGUUUAUCGACGUCGAAAGCGGAAGAUUUCGUCCGCUGAACAGAUAGUUGGGCAUGGUGGCGUUGUACCUGGUGGUGUACCAACCUUGAAGCAUGGUGUCGACUCCAGCCGGUUCCUGCUGCAACGUCCUGAACAACGCAUGUUGGAACGGACGUCCGUGCACGGUAAUGCGAGGCUCACGGAUUGUGCCGCUUCAUCCACGCUGGGUAGCGACAAUCAAGACUUUAUCGACAACGAAACAGAAAAUCCCCGAAGAGUGCACAACAUGAGGGCGUUGGAUCGAGAGGAGCUUGCAGGACAAAACCUGAACCAUUUACUUUUGCACUGGCAAGAGAAGUAUGAUGAAAAGAACACCUGCACGGAGGACAUGUCGGUAGACGAUAAACUGAUCGUGUACUUUUGA